AUGAACAUACAACUAAUUUUGUUAAACUAUUUAACUGAAGUUUCAAACCUUUCAUUCCCAACUCUAUUGUUGUUAGCAUACUUUUCGGUCACGUAUCUUGUAUCUCAUAGUAAUAAUAAUAAUAAUAAUAAUAAUAAUAAUAAUAAUAAUAAUAAUAAUAAUAAUAAUAAUAAUAAUAAUAAUAAUAAUAAUAAUAAUAAUAAUAAUAAUAAUGGUG